AUGGUUGUUUCCGCUGCUACAAAAAUGUCGAGUUUUGGCCUCGUUUCUUCCCAAACACAGUACCUUCUCUCCGGAUUGCUUUCCGACAAGAAAUUCACAAGUACAUACCUCGAUGAAAACAAGAAAAGACUCAAGAUUCGUCAAAAGCAACUCGUGUCCGGUCUAGAAGCCGCAGGGGUUACUUGUCUUAAAAGCAAUGCCGGUUUGUUUUGUUGGGUGGACAUGAGGCAUCUCUUGGACACAAACACAUUCGAAGCAGAGCUUGAGCUAUGGAAGAAGAUUGUUUACGAAGUGAAGCUGAAUAUUUCACCCGGUUCAUCGUGCCAUUGUACUGAACCGGGUUGGUUUAGGGUUUGUUUCGCCAACAUGAGUAAAGAGACGCUCGAUUUGGCGAUGAAGAGGCUCAAGGAAUACGUAGAGUCAACAGACAGUAGAAGAUUGAUUUCAAAAAGUAGCCAUGAAAGAAUCAAGAGCUUGAGGAAGAGGACUGUCUCUAACUGGGUUUUCCGGGUUUCAUGGACCGACCGUGUACCUGAUGAACGAUGA